CAACAAUGCAUUGUCAACUGAAGAAGUGAGAAGAAAAUGGCUGAACGAAAGCAGUCUGCAGAAAAGCGCUCCCGUCCUUCUUCAAAGGGAUCCAAAAGGUCUGUCACAGACGCGGUCUCAAAACUAACAAUAAAAGCUCUCAAAGAAUUUAAGCUUGAAGAUGAAGUUGACCCAGAGCUUGCAGAUGCACCAGAGAGAAACGCAGAUCAAAACAGAGGAGGCUCGAGGCAACAUGGUUCUAUUUCUCAAGGUGACUUUCACGAGUUCACAUCUCUUCCUGAAACUCAAGAAAUUGAUGAACAAGCAGAUGAAGAUUAUCUUGGUGAAGAGGUCCAAGAUAGUGGCAUGGAUGCAGGAAUAGAUAGCGGUUCUGAUGAUGAUGAUGAUAUUGAUGAUGACGACAUGAUUGUUCUGGACCCUGAACAUCCACUUAUGAAAAGGUUCCAAGCUGCUUAUAAAGCCCAUUUACUGAAACAGUUGGAAAAAGUUACACUAGAGCUGAGGGAACUGAGUGAAGAUCAUGGACGAAAGAAGAAGGAAAGAGAGGAUCUUGGUGUUGACUUGUAUGGAGUGCAACAGGAGCUUGCAAAGCAACAAAUGGUAUUAGAAAAAGAUCAUGACAAACUUAAUGAGAUUGAGCAGUUGAGGAAAAAGACAGAAAUGCUUCAAACAGAAGUGAAGUCAAAAUAUAACCAAAUACACCAAGAUUGUUCUCAGCAGCAGAAAAAAACAUCAGAGCUUCAACUAGAAGUGGAAAAUCUGGCAUUGAAACUGCGAUACUUGGAGGAUGCAAAGAAAGAUGUUCGGUCUGAUAUUGCAGUAAUGAAGCGAGCAACAGAAAAAGCUAGAGUUGAAAUAAAAAAGGUGGAAGAAGAGAAAAAGAAGCAGGACUUGCUUGUCAAUGUCUUAACACAAGCCGUUGACCAUCUACGCGAGGAUAUUCAGCUUUAUGAAGCACAGAUGACCGCACAGAGGGAGGAAACAAAAGCUGCGUUACAAACCCUUACGGAGGCGACUACUGAGCUCGAGGCAAUCCAUUUGGAGAAAAAACAGUUACUACAACAGUGGAACAGUAGCCUUAUCGGAAUGCGGAGGAGAGACGAAGCUUAUGCUGCUAUGCAGGAGGCUGUCAGUCUACAGAAUCAGAGGAUCAUGGCAAUUGAGACUGAAAUGGAAGGGUACAAGCGGCAAAUUAAGAAGGCACAGGAGCAAAACGAGCAGCUGACGUACAUGCAGAACAGAAUAGAGGGUGAUAUUGUUAUGCUGAAGAAACAGAUCGCAAUUUGCCAAAACAAGCACGAGGCGUUGAAGAUACAGUACAGCACAUAUAGUAGGACACUACACGAGACGGAGCAACAGCUGAACAGGGCUACGACCGAAGCGACUUUGAAAGAAAACGAAGCAAGUGUUCUCCGGAAGCAAAUUGAACGAGAAUUCUUGGAAAAAGUGAAGCUCGAGGACAUGAUCAUGGAGAAGAUGCGAGAACAGCUAACGGCAGAUAAAGCGUCCCAGUAUACAAAGAAAGUGACCGACAAAGUGCGUCGAAGAGCUACAGAGCUGGAAAGAGCAAUGGCAGACGUUGAGAAUGAGAUAUCGACGGAUAUUUUAGAAGUAUCUAAUGCCACUUCAAGAGUCCGAAGGCUGCAAGACACACUGUCGGGUAUCAACAAUGAGAUUCACCAGAAAAAUGACACAAUAUCUCGUAUUGAAAACGAGAUUGUAAAAAGAAAUGCCGUGAUUGAAAAGAAACAAGGCACUAUUGAUCAAUAUAACAAGAAGAUUGACCAGAUUCUCUCAAAAGAAGGGGACGAAGAAUACACAGGGCCACUUGAAUUCCAAAUAAAGACACUGCAGAAGCAGAUUGACGCAAAGGUGACCGAGUGCCUGUCACUGCAGCAGUUCUGGCUCAGGCAACAGAAUGAAUUGGUUCGCAUGAUUAAGGAUGCAACCAAUGAGAACAAUGAAAUCGAUUCACUGAAAAAGCAGUCAACGAUCUUAUUGCAAAAGAAAUUAAGAAUUGAAGGUGAGAUUGGGUCACAGCAAACAUCAAUGAACGAUAUCGAACGAAGCAUUCGAUCAAUGCAAAAUGAUAUGACUAAACUCAAUAUUCUGAUUCACAAGAAUAAGGGAAAACAGCAAAAUCUUUACCAAGACAACGUGCUGAAAGAAGGCGAAUUUGUAGAAAAGCUAAAGGAAGCGGAGUUGAAUUCUAUCCAAACACAAAAUGACAUAGAUGGUUUGAGAGAAGAGAAAAAACGACUCCUUAAUGCUCUUGUCGAGGCUGAGCGACAAAUAAUGUUGUGGGAGAAAAAGACACAACUUGCAAGAGAGGCGCGACAUGCAGUCGAUUCAGAUAUUGGGCAUGGGGAAAUUCACGCAAUGAAGGCUGAGAUUCAUCGUAUGGAAGUGAGGCUGGCUCAGCUGAUGAGGCAGCAAGAAAAGAUGAUUCAGGAUAUGGAGAAGUCCGUGUUCAAGCGAGAGUGCAUAAUCGUAAAAGGCGAUGCUCAAGCCAAGACGGGAAAAGUCAAGGACACAAAGGGAAAUUUUAAAAAGAAGCUUGUCGAACUUCGCAAGAAGAUAAAACAAACAACGCAAGAUGCAAGUUCGUGUGACGAUGACAUACGUCAGCUGAGAGAGCAUCAACAUUUGCUGAGUCAGCAACUUGAAGAGAAACAGAUAACAGAGAAAACUUUGUCAUCAGCCAUUGACGAGCAAGAAGCUGAAGUUGAGAAUUUGUCCGAGACACGGCACAGGAAUCUUGCAGACAUAGUUUCCAAACAACAACGGGCAAAGUAUUACAUGUCGCUCAAAGACAAGAAAUACUCGCUGCUUUGCAAAACUGAGGAUAAAUUAGAAGCAGAAAUGCAAAAACAACGCGAUCGAUUUCAGUCGUUGCUUACAAUCGUUGAUCGCCUCAAUGUGGAAUAUCCAAGCCUGCAAACGGGUCUGCGGAGGAUCACCUUGUCUCUUGGUUACAGGGGUGUCGCAGCGGAGUAAUUUUGCACAGAUGAAGAAUUAGGAAGCACUGUUUGUUAUCUGGUACUGCAGGAAAACUUAUUGUAAUGUACAUAUACACAAAUCAUUUCACAUCAUAUUUUAGAUGGCAAAAGUGUUUGUGAAUUUUUAGUCCUUAGUCUCGCACUGUGUGUGAAUUCGGGUCUACGUUCAUUUCAUAGCAAAUUUAGGCGAAAAAUGCUCUUGUGACCACCGUACAAGAACGAUCUUGUCCAUGAUUUCCUCGAUAGCUUCUUUGGAGAAUUGCCUAUUUCUUGUAAAAGGUUCGGUCUUAUUUGAUAAGCACAAGCAUUAACUAUGAAGAUUCUCCAAAGGUUUUCAAAAGUGCUUUUUAUGUGUGCAAAUUUAACAUUACUGUCUGAUUAUCUCUUGAAAAUGUAGAUACUAUAGUGCUUGAGUGAAAAUGACCUGACGUAAACUCUCAGUAUGAUUUUGUAGUAACUGGAGAUAUCCUAAUAGGAAAGAAAAUCAACCAUUUUAAUUAAAAUAUUGGCAAAUAUAAAAAAGAUCAAAGAUAUGACUCUUUUCAUUUUAAUGAUAUCACGUGCUUCGAAAAAAACAAAGAAGUAGAAACACAAUCACAUCCAAUGCUCCGUCGGUGGUAUAUUGCUGAUGUUUGGUUCUGUUUUACAGUGUUGAUCCAGAAAAUCGUUUAAAUGUUCAAGUUAUUAAUAAUUUAGAUUGUUUAACAUUAGCAUAAUCUCUACAAGGGUCAGACUUAUUACCUGGAUCCUAAAAAGCCAAUGUUUUAAUUCUAUCUUUAAUUCCAAUUUAGACAGUCUUACUAAGUUUUAGUUUUUGUCAAAGUGCAACAAGCAAGCCUAUACAACCAAUUUAGAUUGCCACACCCCCCUUCGGAUAAAUGACCACACUAAUGUAAAUCACACAUUUUGGAUUGUCAAUCUUCAGAAUUUCUGAAAAGAGUAGUUACCAUUCGUUGGCUACAAAGAUUCAAAUAAUAUUUUGGAGAUGUAACGGUCAAUGGUAUCCUAUGAAAUGCGUCUCUCUAUCUUUGCAUUCAUCCAGACUGUUUACUAGAUAUUAUGUGAUGUAGCGUACAUACGUACAUACAGAGUUUUCUAAAGAAAUUUUAACAUAAUAAUGGUGCGCAAUUGGAAUCAAAAUAGAAAGAUCUAGCAAGCCAGAUUGAUCCAUGUGGAUUCUUCCUUUUCCAAACCUCUGUAGAAUGCAUUUCUAUAUUUUGCUUGUGUUAAUAGCAUGAAAAUAUUGAGUUUUACAUGCUAAUCCCAACGUUUAAAAUAAAUGUUGUUUCAGCAUUACCAUGUUCAGCAUAUCUCAUAAUCUGUGGUAUUGUCAAUGGUCUACCUAUGCAUGCAAAGAGCAACUUGCUUAGUCCUUCUUGCAACAAAAUAUCCAUUUUCUACCUUCAGUGAUUUUUGAUCGGCUAAAUGCCACGAAAGUAGUUUAUUUUCUUCUUUCUAGUGGUUUUAUGGUUUGUGGAUUGUUGAACAUCAAUCGUUAAUAAUAGGUAAAUAGUUUAGGCGAGGAGGAAAUGUUCGAAGAAUAUAACAAGGUAGGUGAAUCUGUUAGAAGAAGAAUUCAAUCUACAAAGGCAGGUUAUGAAUGCAUGCCAAUUGAGCGACUUGAGUGUUCAGUCUGGCUUCUAGGAAACAAUGUUUCUAACAAUGGCAAUCUUAGAACCGUCUCUGCAGCCAAAUGAAGUAAACAAUUCGUAUUAUUAAUUUCAAGGAGAAGGUAUUGGGAAUUUCGAUUGUAGUUUUUACAUGAAUUUGCAUGUGACAACUAGACUCAAGCAAAACAAAGUUUCCCCGUCAAUUUUCUGAAUCUCAACGUGUUUAGAAUUAUAAUCCUUUGAAAAAGAUUUUCCAUUGCAGCUGGCUUCCAACUUAAAUUCGAGCUUAGCCAAUCCAGAUGUUUUUGUGCCUGGUAAGAGACUGCAGGCCUUAAAACUCUAAGGUCACCUAAGUCUCGUAAAUUUGUGCUGUAAAUAUUUCUUCUACAAAGCAUUUAAAUGACAUUGGCCAACAUUUCAGGUAGAGUGUCGGUUUUUUGCUUCCUUUACUGUGCAUUUGUUUGAAAGUCACAAGAAAGUAGAAAAUGUUGCGUUUGGGGUAAUGGGGGAUUGCGAGUAAUCUUAAACUUCUUUGUUUACUGGUUCAAAGUUACUGGUUUCGAAGUUUGUUUGACGCCAAGUCUUUCGCAUUGGCUAAGAAAGCCGAGCAAAUUACCACUGUUCCUAGAGAAAUGGUAAUUAUCCACAAAUCUUUAAAUGUGUUGCAACAUGGACUUGACAUCAACAAGUAGCAGUUUUAUUGCAAGAAUAAACCUUUUCUUGUCCACCAGAAAGUAAGUAGAAAUACGAAGUACAGUCGACAAUUUUAACAUGUAUUCUGAUUCGUUUUGCGAUGUUCAGCACGAGUUACUCCAGUAGUAGCUAAAUCACAUUUACAGUGUUUUAAAGACAUAUUACACAGUAGACUAUGCAUUUUGCCAAAGUAAAUUUGUUCAUAGACUGAUCAUUAUUUGGAUAAAAAUUAUAACUAAACUUUGUAAUCUUUUUAAAGGUUAAAAUAAUUUACGGUGUUAUUUUCAAUAAUAUGCUCUGGUUUAGACAGCAUAAAUAUUGGUCAUGUUGCCAAUUUUGAAUGUAGAUCCCUGCGUACUGUAUCAAAUUUGUCAAUCAAAUGUAGUGGCGUCACAGGCUUUAUUUUCUCUUCACUUCAGUUCAAGAAAACCAUGUAUUCAUGAUUCUCAGAUUAAAAUUGCUAAUGAAAAUAAAUCCUUGUCAACUAAUUUUUAUUCCGAACUAUUUCUGUAAAAAUGCUUAAAUUGGAGUUUUGCUAACACGCCAUUGUCGCUUUGUUUGAUUGUAAAAUCAAAGUCGCUUGAAUCAAAUUGUUAAUUCCAAAAAUCCCCUUCAUAGCCAGAGGUGAUCGCCCUUCACAAGGAUUCUGCUCUAUCUAACCAUCCCAAAAGCACUGGAUGUAGUCAAAGGCACUCACGGAAUACAGAGCUGGCGACGCUGCAGGAUCGUGGAACAUGAUGAGUUGGAAGGCGUUUUGAACAGUCCUUGUUAGAAAUAAAAGUACGAUUGUACCCAAUCAGAGCAAAUGUCAUUGACAAAUGACAAAUGUGUGUACAUAUUCCUCGUGUCCUUGUGGUAACUUCAAAGAUCUGCGAGAAUAACAGCGAAAUGCGAAAAGACAAUGUAAUUUGGAUGCAAAAGUAAGGAUCAUUGAUGGUUGGGAGAAGGGGAUCAGGAUUCUAUUGUUCAAUUAAUCAGUGUUGAAAGACGCAAAUCAUCAGCAUGAACACAGCGAAUAUGCGAAAUUUUCAACGUAAGCGAUUUGUCAGCACCCCAAAUGAUUUCGGGAGUGGUGGUGGCCUACAUCACGCCAAACAGUUUUCUCCGGCUGUUGCGGUGGAUAGCACGUUCACAACAUCAUCUCCAACAUUUUCGAGAA